UUUUAUCUUCCGUUUUCUUCUUCUUCCAUUUUACUCCGCUUACACUUUGCAAUCAAAGUCUCUGGAUUUCUGAAUUUUGUGCCAUAACUUUUGUACUGCUAUUGUAUGAAAUUUGAGGAAUAAGCAUCUAUAUUUUGUGAUAAAUUAGACAGUACGAUUAUUCAGCAGUAGCAGAAAAAACAUCAAAAAAUAACUCUAAUUGUUUUUCUAAUGAUAUGGAUGGAAAGAUAAAUUUUCUGUAUUAAUGGCGAUGUAUACCUUAAAUUUACAUCUGUUAUCUACUUCAUAUCUGUGAACUGUGAUUAUUGUUUGUUUUCUCUUGUAGAUUAAUUUAAGAGUCUAUAUGGUGCUUGAGGCCAUCCUUGUUUACAUAGAAAAAUUAUCCUUUUGUACGAAAAAAAACUUUAUUAAAGUGACAAAAUUUUGAACUUUAUGUGUUUAUUGAAUAAUUGGUUGAUAGCUAAUGCCCAACCUGCAGUUGAGAUUCAUGACUAAGCAAUCCUAUUCAAGCAAGGAUUUCUUAAUUGAACUGCAAUUAUUAUUCUAUAUACCUAUUGGAAAAAGGUUUUCAAUUAAACAAGGCAAAUGCCACAAUAAUUUUCCAAGAAAAAUAUUAGAAAAUGUCCACACUCUCUGACAUCUCCAAGAGAAGGUUGAAGAGCUUGUUCCUGGUUGCAUGAGUUAAUUGCACAAGUAAUCAGUAAUUACAUAUACUAUCUAUCCACCAACUUGUAUAUGAGGCUAGAUAUAUAGGCCCUUUUCCUUCAUCCCCCAGUGCUGAUUUUUUUUUUCCUUAAGUGGUGGUGGAGGAGUUUUGCUAAAAGUCAGAGGAGUUGGAGGAUAUGUUCAUAGUCAGAGGAGGAGACCGAGGAGGUCAAAGGACGUAGAGGUGACACGGGAGGAAAUCACGAGUCCACGUAAGAGGCCCAUGCUCUCUUAGGUGCUCUCAAGACCUAUAUGCAGGGCCUAGUACCACAAACUUACUAUGGGAUCCCAUAAGGCCUGGGAUGGUACACUUUCAUCCGAUGAUUUCUAUAUUGCUGCAAAAGCCCUUUGUGAGAGAUGGAAGGAAAUCAAUUCUUCUCUUCCUCAAUGGACGUGGAUUCCUAGUAAACGGGAAGAGGGUUAUCUGUCGCUCGAGAAUGUUUAUCAUCUGGACCCCAAUGUGGAUACUACAGGUGAGCAAGGAUUUUCGGUAGAAGAAGAGCAAGAAGAGCAAGAAGAGCCAGCUGAUUGUGCUACAUUGGUACGAUGCUCUCAUAAAGAUACACAUGUAUACAACUUUCAUAUAGUGUAUAGCUUUUCAUAUAGGGUGCCUGUACUAUAUUUUCGGGGAUACCGAUGUGAUGGUCAACCUCUAGAUAUGCACGGCGGUAUCAAAGAAGACCUCGAUUAUUCUCCAAGUCUUUUGGAGGAGCCUAAAUGGACAUUCAUGACCCAGGAGGAACAUCCAUUCUUACAUUGCCCAUGGUACAUGCUACAUCCCUGCGGAACUAGUGAGUGGAUGAAGUUAUUUCUGGGUCCCAAUCAACAGGACUUUGUGAUUUUUAAAUACUUGGCAUCGUGGUUAUCUGUUGCUGGUCAGGCAGUUGGUCUAAGAAUCCCCCUUAAUUUGCAUACUGAAGAUGUUAAAAAAUAUGCAUCUUCUAUCAAUGACGGUGAAGUUGAAUGAUCUCCUGUAGUAUCUCUUAUCUCUAGCACCUGAUGACAAACUUCUAGGAAAGAAAGAAAACAUUGCAGUAAAAGGUAACAGGCUCACGUCGUGAUUACUUUUGCUCAAGUUAGAUUACCGGAUAAUUAUUGACGAUUACUUAGAAAGGCUGCAGGAUUAAUAGAACAGCUGGAACAGUGAAAGAUGAAUAUGCAGUUAAUGUUUUUUCAUUUAUCUUGGGUUUUAAUAGUUAAUUGAGUUGUUAAUUAUG